AUGACAAAGUACUUUGAUACAAUCAAAUUUCAGCAGAUCCCUAGGGAAGAAAACCCAAUAGCUGAUCGUUUGGCGAAUGCAGUAUCCCUAGGGGACGAGUCACUCACUAGAGUCGUCCCCAUUAAUGUCCUAGAAACACCGAGCAUCACAAGGGGUGUGCAAGUGUUGGUUAUCCCAUGGGAACCAAGCUGGAUAGAUCCGAUAUUGGCUUACCUUGAGAGAGGAGAACUCUCUAAUUCUAAGGAAGCAGCCCGGCAGCUAAGGAUGAAAGCCGCUAUAUAUUCUGUGGUAGGAGGACAGCUCUUUAGACGAUCACAUUUUGGACCCUACCUCAAGUGUCUGACCCCAACGGAGUCCCGAGAAGUUUUAAAACAGAUACAUGAAGAGGAGUACGGGAAUCAUUUCGGGGCAGGUCGUUGGCUCAUAAAGCUCUCACUCAAGGUUAUUUUUGGCCCUACAUGGCAAGGGAAGCAGAAGAAUACUCUCGCAGAUGCGACAAGUGUCAAAGGUAUUCCCCCUCGUCAAUUACCCCCGGAAGAUAUAGACACCAUGAGCAGCCCAUAG